AUGUGCCCUAUCAGCACCGUCCACGCACAACAGAUGCACCAGGACCCUUACACUUUGCCCCAGCCGCGGAGGCUUGGCCAGCAUACGACCAUGUCUCGUCUAGUAUCCCCCCAGAACACACUGAGGAAACCGAGGCCGGGCAUGGUACCAACGCAAGAGGCUCUUCGCAUGCGUCUGCGGAAGCCGGCUCAGGGCGGCUCGGGAUACAGUGGCCAUGAUCCUCGGGAGAUUUUGGCAGCGGUCUCCAAGUUGGAGGAUGACAAACUCUUUAUUGCCAAAGAAGGAUUAGCUUCCCCUCCAGAGCCAACGACUCUGUCUGGCUCGAAUGUCACAACUGCGCUCUUGCCUGCUGGAGCUUGGUUGAGUCCGGCGAAAACUCCGGGGAUGAUGCCAGGUCCCGUUCGCUACUCCAAUCAGGUCAAUGAGGGCGGCGGCAACCAAUACAACGGGGAUUUUAAUAUUUACUAUGGCCUUCCAGAGACGUUCAACGGCAAUCGAAGUCUUGAUACGGUAUCCAGCCCGAAAGGUGAACUGGAAAUUCCGGCUCUUCCCAAGUCCGGCCCUGACAUAGAGGAUGUUCCUUCGCGUGAUUGCGAAUCCGAAGAUGCAGGCGACACCUGUGUCGGAAAUGGAGGCAUUUCGAUAGCGCUUGACAACGAUACACCAGCUUGCCGGAACGAGGCCGUUGAUCACCAAACCCCCCAGUACAAAGGGGUAGAGGAGCACCCUGAUGUCGGCACACAGCAACUUGUUAAGCCCAGCACGUCUGGAGAAGGUAGUCCCUGUGACAAACUCCUGCCUGGUCUUCUCAAGGAUCAGAAUGUUCGACUGGUGGGACCGCAUCUUGAGGGACGCGACGCAGAAGGACAACUGAAUCGCUUCAAAACCCUUCGAAAACCAACUGCUGCAAUCUAUGUGGACGAUGCGAACGAAUGCCUCACGACAAUUGAAGGAAUUGUGGCUCAUGUGGAACACUAUCUGUUUGCGGGCUGCGAACAUAAUUUUGCCAGAGCUCUCCAGGUCUACAUGAUCCGUGCUGGCGGUGCAGGCGCAACCUAG